AUGCGCAGAAAUGUUGCCAUCAGUUCCACUAGAAAGACUUGGUGGAAAUUGAAGGAGGCAGUAAAAGUCACAAAAUCCUAUCUAACCUUCCCUUCCCUGAAUGCCUGGGAAGAAUUCAGGGGCCUCUUGCCUGUGGAUGAGGAACCAAACCCUGGAGUGGGCCUGGGUGUGGAGGAGGGACUGCUCUGCCAAACAGUUCAUUCUCCAGAAUUCAACCUGUUCCCUGACUCAGUGGUGUUUGAAAGCAACUUUGUCCAGGUCAAAAAGGGCAGGAACUGGAUAGACAUCAACAAAGCCUCCAACACCAUGGCCCUUGGGGUAACCUCCUCUGUGCCCUGCCUGCCCCUUCCCAACAUCCUCCUCAUGGCCAGUGUCAAAUGGCACCAGGGGCAGAGCCAAACAUGGAACAGACCUUCUACAGCCCCAAACAUCAUACUGAAGAGGAUUCUCCCACUGAAGUUUGUGGAGCUCCAGGUCUGUGACCAGCUUCAACGCAUCCUGCGGUUGAGAACAAUCACUGAGAAGAUCUACUACCUAAGGCUCCACCCUGACCAUCCUAGGACUGUAUUCCACCUCUGGAUCCGACUGGUUCAAAUUCUGCAGAAGGGCCUGUCCAUCACCGCCAAAGACCCUAGGAUUCUUGUCACUCACUGUCUGGUACCCAGGAACUGCAACAGCCCUGCAGGAGACUCUCAGUUAACACAGAAGAAACCCCAAGCCUCCGAACCAAGUGAGAACCUCACGCAGCUAAUGGCCAAGGGGGAGAAUGAGGCCCUCUCUCUGAUUUUUGCUGACUUGCACCAGCGAAACCAGUUCAGGAGCAGCAAAGAGACAAAGACCAAAAAGGACAGCUCAGAAAAAGAUACUCCCGCUGAAGACUGCAUCCCUUGCACCAGCGACUUCAGUUGGAGAGAUUCAUUCACUUACACCGAGUGGGAAAGAGAGAACCCCUCUGGGCUGCAGACGCUUUCACUCCUCAGCACUCUGGCAGCCUCCUCAGGGCUGCAGCUGGCCCCAUGCAUAAAGUACGGGGCUGGAUCGCGCCAUCCCCACAGGACUUGGGACGAGGGUUGGGCGGGAAUCCGGUCCACGCAACUGGGCACGCUCCCGGGGACGUGGCGCUUUCCAGCCAAUCCCGGCUACACGACUGUGAGACCAAUGGCUGCCCGGGGAGGCUGUGCGUCAGCGGCGGCUUUGUUGAUGAUUGGUCUGGAGGCCGCCGGCGAGGCGAAGAGGGGCGGGGCGUGGAACCGCUUCCGGUUGGGCGGUGCUUGUGCGCGUGAGUUGCGCCUGUGGGUGAACUGUGCCCACGGUAUUUUGGGCUCUAGGCGGUACGUGGAAAGCCUCGCUGCCGAAGCGGCAUCGACCACCUUCUUUCGGAGCCCCAUUUUCAGCGGGCUUGAGCGUGCUCACGACUCCGGGGCCCUCGGCGCGCAGCCUCGGUUGGAGGCCGCCGCUCGCCCUCCCGCGCGCUCUUGGAAGAGGCCUGGGUCUCCGUGA